CAGCGCUUGUCGUACGUAUAUACAGAUCAACGCGUAUUACUGUACAUACAUCAUCACCUUAACCACACAGAAUUGAGAGCGAGAGCGAGGAGGAUGCACUACGACAUGCUGCUCCGGCGCAUGGAGGACGGCAUGAGCAACCAGGUCCCGGCGGGCGGCGGCGACGACAGGGACGCCUUCACCAUCGUCCGCCUGCCGCACCACGUCCGGGAGAUGAACAGGGGCCUCUACGAGCCGGUCAUGGUCUCGGUGGGGCCCUACCACAUGUCCAGCGCCAGCACCCGCGCCAUGCAGGCCCGCAAGUGGCCCAUGCUCCGGGACUUCCUCCUCCGGGGGGACCCGGACGGCAGGGCCGGCCUCCUCGCCGACUGCCUCAAGGCGGCGCGCAGGAUGGAGCAGCGGGCGCGCCGCUGCUACGGGGAGUCCCUCGACCAGGCCGCCGGCGGCGGGAGCGACGACUUCGUGGGGAUGCUGGUGCUCGACGGCUGCUUCGUGCUCCAGUUCCUGCUCCAGUGGAGCGAGAGCGACGCCCGGUGCAUGCAGGGCACCUCCACCUACGUCUACUACGACCUGCUCCUCGUGGAGAACCAGAUGCCCUACUUCGUCCUCGCCAAGCUCUUCAAUCUCGUCAUGGGGAAUGGCAACGCGGUGGACGAUGCGGACCAGGGGCUCCUUCACCUAAUAUCCAGCUUCUUCAGCCUGCGCGAGCCUCUGGGCAUGGUCCCGCUCCCGCCGCCGGCGCCGGAGCUGGCGGGCCAGUUCGCCGAGGUCUACCACCUGCUCCACCUCCAGUACCAGAGGAUCGUCAUGAGCCCGGAGCGGCGCAGGAUCCGCCGGCUCACGGGGCUGGGCGCCAGCCUGCACCGCAUCCCCGUGAGCCUCGGCUCGUUCAGGCGCACGCGGGCUAACCAGGCCAGGACGCCGCUGGCAAUGCCGUGCGUGACCGUGCUCCAGGAGUUCGGCGUCAGGUUCAAGGAGAAGCCCUCGCCGGCGAGCCAGUUCGACGUGACCUUCCGCGGCGGCACCAUGGAGAUCCCGCGCCUGGUCAUCAACGGCGGCACCAGGAUCCUCCUGGCCAACCUGUUCGCGCUGGAGCAGACCAAGGACUGCUGGAACGAGGGGACCAUGACGGGGUACCUCGUGCUGAUGAACGCGCUGGUGAACACGGGCGCCGACGUCGCCGUGCUCCAGCGCCACGGCAUCCUGGACAACAUGCUCUCCAACGAGGAAGAGGCGGCGGCCUUCUUCAACCAGCUCGGCAGCAGCGCGCUCUUCGACCCCAGGACGCACCGCUACGCGCGGCUGUUCAAGGACACCAACGAUUUCUGCGACUCUCGCUGGAACCGGUACAUGGCCGUGCUCAAGCGCGACCACCUCCGGACCCCGUGCUCCAUCAUCAACCUCCUCGUGGCGGCCAUCCUGCUCUUCGUCUCGGUCAUCUCUGCUGGCUACGUGAUUUGCCGCUACCGCCAUUCCUGCACCUGAUCAAAUAAGUUACUGUAUUUCUUCGGAGUUCGGAGAGUAAGCAGCAACUCAAUAUGGACCUGGUAGCUUAGCCAAGAUACUCAUGCAACUGUCUCUGUAGAUAACCUGUGACA